UAAUAAGUAGCUCCCUGUGUCUUCACCCUUAGGCUGGCUCAAUAAGUUCAGAAUAUAAAUGUGGCAUUUCAAGCCAUAUUCAUUUUUAAGGUUUAGUUCUCCUUUAAGCACAACUAUAUUACUUCCUAUUCAUGUACACUGUGCAGAACAGGCAGUGCGAGAAUUACAGGUCAGGCAUCAUUCUAGCCAUGACAUUAUUCUAUUUUUGCUGUAUAUACAGACAUUCUGCUACAGGUCUCUUUGUGCUGAUCCCUGUGAGCCACACUGUUUGCACAUGAAAAAAUCAUAUAUAGUAAGCUAUCUCUGGCCUUCCUUAUACUGUUCAUUUCUGGAUGUCUUGUUUUUCUCAUGUAAAUUAUAAGACCAUCAUAUUUUAACUGUGUUAGUCACAUUUUGCAAAUACAAUACAACAUAAUACACAGCUGCUAUAAAUAAGCUGUAACAUCUAUCCUUAUAUAUAUAGGACAUUGUGAUCUUUCUUGUGUCGCAGAGCUCAUCAAGGAGGGCAUUUACUCAUGCUUGUUUUUUUUAAAUCUGGUUUUUUUAGUUAUUUAUUGCAACAAAAUGCAAAAAUACGCCAUCUAAACCCUGAUGAGAUCAUGUAGAAGUCAAUGGCAGAUAUCUAUUUUACAGCUGGAAUAUCUUUACUUCAUGGUUUUAGAGGUUUUCGGGGGUUUUUGACACUGGGUUUUGUAUGACAUUACAAAAGUGCAAAAUUAGAACUACAGAAAAAUGCAUAAUGUCAUUGAUAAAUACACUUCUGAAAAUCCCAUGGGAAUGAAUAGAAAUUGGAUGAGUUUUUGCUGUAGAGAGCUCUUAUCAUCUUACAUCACCUUGAAGUUCCAUGACCUGCACUUUGCAGCCUUAAGCCUUUAUAAGGCCUAGAAAUCCUAGCUGACUUUUUAUAUCCUUGUUUUUUAUUAUAGAGAGUAAAUUAUUCCCAAUACAAUGGAGCCCAGAUGGUAGGGUGUGGUGUAUGGUAGUUCUGCUGCCAGGUGGCAGUGGGCGUUGGGGGUUUUCUCACUAAGACCAAUGGCAUCAAGUAGUUAUGUGUUAGUAAUUAUGUCCUCUUUUACUUACACAGCUUACCAGCUAGCAUAUAUCUCCCUGUUGGCUUCAUGUGUUACCCGUUUGCUUCUUUUUAUUACACUUUUUAAUUCUCAUGGAGGGAGAAUAUUACAUUCCAUGAAGCUCUACGAAGAAAAAUAUAGGCGAAUAUGUAAAGCAGCUGGCUGGGUAUCUUCUGGCUUGUUUAUAGGCCUAUGUGAAGGUCGGCAGAAUGUAACCAGUGUUCUUCUAAGCAUCAACAUAUCAUUAUUUUUUUCCAACUGGAUUCUCCCCACAAUGAUCCCCAUAAUACAAUUGGUUUUAUUUAGGUUUGUCCUGGAUAAAUACAGAGGUUUCCGUUUGAGGUUUAACCCAAAAAAUGUCAUUGGAGAGUUUAUUGUACUUUUUUUCUAUGUCCUCUAUUGUGCUUUUAUAGGAAGUUUGUCUAUCAUUUUGAUUUUCAGCAUGAAGACAGCACUCCUUUAUUACAGCAUAUCAUCCUACUUUUAUGGCUUUAUGCCCUGGCACAUAUCUCUGCAAUGGAUUCUCCUAUAUCUCUUCUAUGUGGCAAUAACAGACACAUUUCUAUUUAUCAGUGGAGCAACUUUACUCUCAGAAGGAUCUACAAAUGUGCCAGUGAAAAAGAGUGAAAACUGUGCUACAAAUGUGAAGCCUGCCAUGCAAGCCGACCCAAUUGACAGAAAUAUGUCUUCCUUCCAUCCCACAGCCAUUAAUACUUCAGAAGUUCCACUUAAUGCAGAGCCACAGGAGUGUCAUUCAAGUGAAGACUCUACACACUCACAUGUGAAAGCAUCACCAGCAAACCCUACGACCCUCAAGCUUCUGACUCCUGAACCAAACCCUAAUGUUGAGCAUUUGACAUCUGCAGCAACACAAUCAGCGCAACCAUUUUCAGACCACUGGUUAUCGCGCAUCAAAAGGGGACUCAAAAUAUAUAAAACCAAAAAAAAUAAUAGGCAUGUAACAAAACAGUGUAAAAACAAAAUUGUCUAAGCCACCAUAUUCACAUUAUAAAUUGUAUGAUGAAUGGAAGAAACUGCUGGGAAUCAAGCACCAAAUGUUCAGACAUCACAAGACUCAAGGGCAGCCGAAACCUUCCCAGCUGAAUUGAUUUCCGAUGGAUUGAUUUUUACUUUGUUACUUUUUUUUUAUCAACCUUUUCAAGAUAUUGGGGAGUUGUAACUCCCAUUUAUUUUCAGUCUUUUUUUUAUGUUUUAAGAAUUUUUUAAUGUAUGGUUAGCAAAUUUUUGGAGAAACGAAAAGGGACAGAUUCGCUCAUUGCUAGUUUUGAGCACUCCAUUUUUAGGGGUAGCAGCCGCAAGUUAUUAAAAGAGAUUUAUGCCCAAUGCAUAACAAUGUACUUUUUAUUUUUAGAUAUUAGCAGUUUUUUCACUUCUACCAUGAAAGUAUAACAUAUGACCCCCCCUGCAAUUAUUUAAGAUCAAGCACAAUGUGUUCCCUGUUCAGAUAAAUCACUCCUGUCUUAAUCUUACACCUUUAUUAUGUUAGCAGUGUAAAAAAGAAAAAUAUGAUAUACUAUAAUUGAGUACUAGAGGCUUGUUCCUACACAUUACAUUCCCGAAAAGGCCGUCAUUUACAGGGUCCUUCCCAGUGUUUGUUUGUUUUUAUUGUCACAGGCAUUUCUUGACCCUUGAUUUUAAAACACAUCAAAAUAUACAUUGAUUUAUUUCAAUGAUCUUAUAAACAGAACAUACGUUUGAAACCUGUUUUGUAUAACCCAUAGUUAUUAAAGAGCUUAUUGAUGAAUA